UGCGCAAGUCGAUGCGCAUGGCUGAUAGCCAAGAUGUUUGUAACAUUGCGCGAUUUCACUGAUACAUUUACUGAGUGAAGGUCUAACUUUCGUGUGUCUUGAGCCAACUUAUCAGCUCCUCUUAAUUAACCGAAUCGUAUUUGAAAAUCAUGCUUAGUGAAGCAGAAACUACACCAACCUUGGAUGAGCCAAAUCUACCGGAAUUUUGCGGAGCAACGUUAUCUUUAAACAAUGCUUCAGGCACUAUUUCAAACCAAAAAAUCGUAAAGCAAAACCUUUUUUCAAACAACGAAGCAGAUCAAAUGAAAGAAAGAAAGAAAAUAGCUGAACUCCAACCCUGCGGUCCUUCAUCAAACUGCGAAAAUGUUCCUUUAUCUCCAACUGUUCUCAGCGCUGAAGCUCGUGGUGGUGACGGUCAAAUCAUCUCACAAGGCUACUUCAGUUCAAGAAAUUACAUGUUCGCGAUCGAAAAUUGCAAGCGAAUCUUGACUCGAGGAGAACCUGAGAACCAUGGGGUUUUCGUAGGAAGUUGGUUGCUAACUAUGGUCGAUCACUGGGACAACGAAAAAGAACGACUGAUUUUGCUUUAUUCUCGAACCUUGUUCAUUGUAAAAUACGACUUCAUCACCACGACUCUUCAAAGCUUCGAGACCUAUGCACUCCAGAAAAUUAUUCACCUUACUAUUGGGAAUAUUGAAUACCCAACACACUCAAUCACACCGAAAUUCCAAUACCUCGCAGAUUCUAUAACAGGACGAUUCUCGUCUAUUCUACGAGGUAACUUUAAUAGUCAAUCGGCAUCGGAGCUAUUACAUAAACGUUCAACAGGUGAAGAAACUCAAACUGACUUCACUUCCGACAGAUUGAAAAGAAACGGCGUCCGAAUUUUGUUUGGAUCCGUGCCGGCAGAACCCAAUUUUACCCAGUUAUGGAAUCCAUGGAGCAAGGCAAUUCCCUGGUUAACGUUUUUAUCGCAUCCACUACUUUCAACUGAACACACGACUCCUGCUAUAUUCGACGUUAAAGAUUUUACAGUCAACCUACAGCGAACUUUGCAAAACGAGUACCAGGGUUUAGUUGAAUACAAGCCAAUUAUAAUGAAUUCGUAUUUAGGGCUUCCAGCAUUAGUUCACAACUACAGUCAAUUCGGAUUUUACAAAGUACGAGGGAAAGUAAGUUUUUAAUACUCCACCCAAUCUUCCCAACCAAUAGGCUUCAACUUUUUUGUAUUUAAUUUAUUAAUGUUUUCGAAGUCCAAUACACAAAUAAAGAAAUCAAA